GUACGACGUGCGUGUAUUCUGUCAUCUUGUAUCAUUUCAUUCCAUUUCAUUCGGUUUGCGCUUCGGUUCUUGGCUCCAGUCAACGCGAUGGCAAUGUGUAUCACAUCGUGUAUAUGUGUGCGCUCUGUGUAUAGAAAAGUGUUUCGGAAGCUCUCGAGAAUGUGCUGAGAUAAGCAAUGCAUGCACGUUCUUCAUUGAGUCGAGUCGAGCUGUUUGUGUGUUUUAACCGCAAACUGAUGUUUGAUUGUAUUCCAUUUUUGUCUUUUUGCCUUUCACAUCUCUUAAACACAGACAUACGUCGUUGUUCGUCCGCUCGCUCGCUCGCUCGCUCACUCACUCACUCACUCUCUAUACCUCUUCCGACAUUUCUCUUUCGAAAAAAGGUGAAAGCGAGACAGACGGGAACGAAAAAAAAAAAAAAUACUGGUUUUUGUUGUCGUCGGUUGGUCGGGUCUCUCUCUUCGUGUGUAUACACACUUUGGAAUUGACAGCUUCAACGUUGAAAAAGUCAUUAGUGUUCAUGAUGGCGCACAGUACGUGGCACAUUCAAUUCACAUCGCGAACAACAAUAGUUUUUCUUAUAAUUUAUUUUGUGUCGGCAAUUUUGUUCAUUGACAAUGUAACCGCGCAAAUUGAGAAGCAACCAUGGUACGAGGCAUUGCCAGCCGUUGCCAUGGAUUAUAAAGUGCAUUUACCAGCUGGUAAAGAAGAUUGUUAUUAUCAGUACGUUCAGCCAGGCGCAACGCUCUACGUCAGUUUUCAGGUUAUCCGGGGAGGUGAUGGUAAAGCCGGCCUGGCGAUACGACAUCCCAAUGGUCAGCUGGUUAAAGCAUAUGAAUGGUUACCCUCAUCCGAUUAUUCGGAACCAUCGUCGACGGGCGGUUAUUAUGCCGUUUGUUUAGACAAUCAAUUCUCUCGUUUUGCCAGCAAAUUGGUCAACAUUUAUAUCACCGUUAUCAAAUACGAUCAAUGGACUAAAUAUGCGCAGGAAAUCGAAGGAUUACAAUUGAAUAUGCAAAAUUUUACGCAAACAAUUGGAACCGUCGAACGGAACAUAAACGGUAUGCUUCAGUAUCAAUCGCAUACACGGAGUUCAGAGGCUCGUGACUUUGCACUAUUGAUCGACAACAAUGCGUAUGUGCAAAAUUGGUCAAUGAUUCAAAUAUUCGUCAUUUUAUUGACGUGCUCCAUUCAGGUAUACUUUGUGCGAAAGCUAUUCGAUAUCAAUACCGGAGGUUAUGGACGAGCACGAAUCUAAAUCAAUAACAAAAAAAAAACUAUUCAACGAACAAUUCGAACAAAUUGCAUUUUGCUAAAGAAAGAGAAAGGAAACCGAACGUCCCGCAGAAAGUGUCUUAUUGUUAGAAAAACCAAAUUGAAUUUGGUUUGAAAUUUAUUUUUUUCUACGUGUAAAUAUUUGUAUUGAUUGAUAUUUUAUUGCAACAUCGCGCGGCAGACGGUCCAUGCAAGCAAACUAGCAAAAGUCUUCCAAUCGAACCACCAAUAAUGGUUAGCUAACUACAGGCCGACACUUGACAAUGAACAAUGAACAAUAAACGAACUGAAAUAGUAUAUAACAUUAAGAACAAUAGUAACAGAAAAAAUUGUGCACCGUUUGAAUACUGAACGCAGGAAACAGCAAUAGGUUUUUCUUUUAUAAAUUCUACUACUUUGUUAUUUAUUUUAAUACACUUUUCGAGUCUCACUCGCCCAAUACAGCAGCUACUAUUAUCUGAAGCAUUUUUUUUGUCCUUUUUUGGUUAUUGAUUAUGUGGAAGGAACCAUUUGAAAAAAAAGAGUCUAGAACAUAAUCAUUUCCAUUUUUUUUUCGAAAUGAAAACGCAAAACUCAUACUUGAAAUAUAGUUCUUUUUUUAAUUCUGCGUGUACUUAAAAGAAUUGAACUGAAAAUUGGUUGUAAAAUUGUUUAAACAUUGGAUCGUACAUUUUUCUACAUGUCUAUCAAAUGCACAUACAUAUUUUUUAAUAAAUGGAUUAUUAUUUACAAAAAAAAACGAAUAAAGAAAAGAACUCAAAUUAACUUAUCAAA